GAUGCCCUAAGUCCUCAACAUCCAGUUGCUGUGUGUUUUUCAGCGUCUGCCAGAAUCCCUUCGCACUGACUGAGCUCUGGGAAUGGCGGGCGCACGACUAUACGGAAUUGUUCGCGAAUUGUGAGGAGAGCAACUUAGUCUUUCACAAUCACAGUUGAUAGCGCUCGAUUCAGAAUGGAAAGGGGGAGGAAGGAUUACGUGCCCGUUCGACCGAAGGCGUACCCUGCGUCCAAAAAUGCGCUCACAGUAGAUGCCAAGUAUUGGAAAGCAUUCAAGAUUCUAAGCACGCCUCAGCACAUUGGCGCUGUCACAUCAAUCCAGUUCUCUCCUGUCGAUCACUACGAUUUUGCUGUCUCGUCCUCGACUAGAGUUACUAUCUACGAUGGAGUCACGGGAGAAGUGAAGAAGACUAUUUCACGGUUCACUGACGUGGCUUACUCAGGAACUUUCCGGUCCGAUGGUCAGCUCCUUGCAGCCGGUGGUGAAACAGGAAUUGUACAGGUAUUUGAUCUUGGCAGCCGCCAAAUUUUGCGUCAGCUAAAAGGACAUAAAGGAGCGGUCCACUGGGUCCGAUAUGCUCCUCAGGAUAAGCUACACAUUUUUUCGGCAGGUGACGACCGUACCGUGCGGUGGUGGGAUGUGUCCACUUCGGAAUCCUUGUCAACUUUGGAGGGUCACACUGAUUAUGUUCGUUGUGGUGUUGCAUGCCCUACAACGAACGACCUUUGGGCCACUGGAUCUUAUGAUCAUUCAGUACGUCUUUGGGACAUUCGCACUCCUAAAUGCGUCUUGCAGCUGGAGCACGGGAAGCCACUGGAAGAUGUAGUUUUCUUCCCAUCAGGAGGUCUACUUGCCUCUGCGGGGGGUACUGAAGUAAAGGUAUGGGAUAUAGUAGGUGGAGGAAGGGAAGUCCAAACGCUGGGGAAUCACCAGAAAACUGUGACAUCUCUCACUAUUAUGUGUCCUCGUGAGUCCACUUCUGCUCUAGAACCAGACGCCCCAAGACUGUUGACAUCUUCUCUGGAUGGCCAUGUUAGAGUCUUUGAUACAAGUCAAUUUAAGGUGACACAUGCUGCCAAGUAUCCACACCCACUCUUGAGCAUGGGUUUGUCGGCAUCAUCCCAAACCCUAGCAGUAGGGACAGCUUCAGGAAUGCUUUUCGUACGUCAGAAAAAAGAACCGAAAUCCGAGGAGGAUAUUGAGAAGCCACAAAAUGUAUUGGAUACUACAACGCCCAAGAAAGCCAAGCAACUACGUCCAAAUAAUUUUCGCUACUUUUUGCGAGGUCGCUCAGAACAAGCAUCGGAAGGUGAUCAUGUACUAGCUCGACCUCAAAGACAACGUCUUACGGCGCAAGACAAGUUUCUACGAAAGUUCAUGUACAGAGAAGCGCUCUCUUCUGCGCUGGCAACAUCAGAUUCCACGGUUAUCGUAGCUGUGAUGGAAGAGUUAAUAGCUCGACGUGGACUGGUGAAGGCCAUUUCAAAUCGUGAUGCUCCCGCUCUCGAACCUCUGCUCGCAUUUCUAUGCAAAUAUAUUGUGAUGCCAAGACAGGCGAGACUUCUAAUUCCAGUUGCCCAUCUAGUUCUUGACACCUACUCUGAAUCUCUCGGACUUUCACCGACGAUAACACAUCUUGUAUGCGUGCUGAAGGAUCGAGUUCAAUCUGAAGUGAAGCUUCACAUGGCUUUACAGUCCUUGCAAGGAAUUAUGGAGCCUCUUAUUCAAGCGUCUUCGCAAAUUUAGGAUUACUUUGUCGACUCCUCACAAUUCUCCUCUCACUUAGAAAGAAAUUGCCACUUUUCUUCAUCUUCCAAUUUUGAUACUAGUAGUGAUUUAGUCCCAUGCAUAGAUCUGGAAGCUUAUUCCAUCUGUCGGAUGGACUGAACUUGUAAGCAAUUACUUUAGCAGCACGUAAGUAGGUUUAGGCUUGAAUGUGUAGGUGAUUCAUUUAUUGACUUUGCCGUUAAAGCAGAUUCUCUCUCUUUGCUAUUUUGUUGGAAUUAAUUCUGUGAGAAAAUAUAUCAGAGGGUUUAAUUCUAUUCUUAGUUAAGUCGAUAAGCCGUGACCAUGCCAUUGAAACUUACGGUUAUAAUUCGAAGGGCAAGUAUGAGGCGUGAAGAGAUUUUCUUAA